CGUCCUUCAUAUGCAACAAGGAGAAUGGUGACCCCUGAAGACUUCUCUUUUCUUGAUCCCGACCCUGCCUUCGGAAUGCCACACUCUCGAUUGGAUUUAUUUGGAUCAAGGCAUCAUCGCCAUGUUCGACAUCGUUCUCCAGAAGGGCUGGCAGAG